AUGUCGACAAUAUUAGAAGAUGAUAGUGAUGACAGCGAAGAAUGGAUUUCCAUUGAUGAUGAUAAUGAUGAUGACAAUGAUAGUGAAGAUGAAGAUAAUAAGUUAACCUAUCAUCAUAACGAGCCAGAAGAAUUAAAAGACCUGGACUGGAAUGAUUUACCAAAUUUUAUUCGUCAUCUCGAUUAUAACCAAUUACCAUACAAGGGUACUCAAUUUUACUUAGGUUCUGAAAAAGAUUUUCAACAAAAAGAAACCGAUUAUAUGAAACGAACAGGUAUUUACAAAUUGAUAGAUAAACUAGAUGGAAUUCAUCGAACUGCUAGUCAAACAUGUCUAGCCGAUAUUGUCGAACAAGUAGAAAUCAAAUUGAAUAAUUUACUUGAUUCAAAAUGUAUCGACGAAGUACACUAUAUGAAAAUGAAUAUUAGUCGAUUAUCGGUUCGAAUGCAUUAUCUUUAUUUUGUACCAGAAAUUCACAAAGAAGGAAUUCCAAUUCGACCAAUUAUGAUAUGUAAUGAUGGACCAACAAUGAACAUAGUUCGUUAUAUAACUCCUAUUCUAUGGUCUAUUUUUGAUCGAGCAACUAAUUGCAGACGAUUUUCAAAUGGUGCUGUCGAUGUUAUACAUGCCAUUGAACAUUAUGCUCAAAUAGGUCAUCUUAUACCUCGAACUCUCUUCGUAACAUUUAAUAUGGAUGAAUUGAUGACAGUUUUUCGACAUGAUGAAACAAUAGCAGCCUUAAAAAGUUUACUUGUCGAACAAUUACCAGAUCAGAUGAUAGAUGGUCUUACUAUUGAUACUAUUCUAGAAUUAGUUCAUUUUGUUUUGAAAAAACAAUUUGUUGUUUAUAAUUAUGCAUUGUAUCAACAAAUUCAUGGUGGUGCUUCUGGUUUACCACUAACUAUGUUCUUGACCUUUAUUAACGUGUUUUAUGGUCAACAUCGAGAUCUUGUAAAAUCAUUGAAAGAAAAAAAUGAAUUUUUUGGCAGAUAUCGAGAACAAGCAAUUAUAACAUGGCAUGGAUCUGAAGGUCAAUUUCGUACAUUACUCAAGAAAAGUAUUGGUAUUGAACAUACACGAAAUCUGGUAACAAUAUCUAUUGGAUCAAAAGUUCAUUUCCAUGAUCUUGAAAUUAGCUAUAAGAAUAAUGAUGGUAUUCUCGAAAGUAAAGUUUAUUAUGAUUCAGCUAUUGAUACUUUACCCAAUGUAUCCGAUAAACCAAUGGAAAACCAAUCAAAACAAUUAUAUGCUGUUCUCUAUCGAGCUGUUCGAUGUUCUUCUGAUGUUGAAACUUUUCAUCAUGAACUAUGUCAUAUUCAAUUAUCAUUUCUUACAUCGGGCUUCACAUCAGAAUUUAUUCAUUCUAAUAUCGAACGUUUUUACCAAGAAUUUGGUAUACAAGAAAAAUUCUUCUCAUUAUUUUUGAAUGAUGAUGAUGAAUAUAAUAAUUUACGUCAACGUAUUAUACAAGACGUUGAACAGCAAAUGAAAUUGAAACAACAACGUGAAGAACAAAAAAAAUAUACAUUAUUCGUAUCAUGUCCACGUUUUAUUCAUCAAGAAAGUCGUGAUAUUUUCAAGCAAGGUUUUCAAGAUUUGUGGAAGAAAUAUUUUGGUAAUGAAUCACAAACGAAACAUGUACAAAUCAAAUGGAUAGAACGAACAACAACUCCUCUAGCAAAAAGUGAUUUUCUGAUCAACAAACGACCACCACUUCGGAUGAGUCUAGCACAAGGAAAUGAAUUUCAUGAUGAUUUUGAUGCAGAUGACGAGACAAAUAUUCAAUUCGAUAAGAGACGUAGGCGAUUCGUGAAAGAAUAUGAUGAUGAUUUAUUUGAUAUUGAGCAAUGUCCAGAGGUAGAACAGAUUUUACCUGGUUUAACAGUUGGUGAACAAGAAAAACAACAAUAUUUAUCUGGAAAGUUAAGUCACCUAUCAGGUACACAUCAAGAAUCCGAAAGUACUACUCGAGCAGCCGAUGUACUAUCGCGAAUAAAAACAGAUAACGUCGUCAUCUCCAGUCAAUUGAUACCAAAAUAUUUAUCACAUGAAAACUAUAAGAUUAUUCUAUAUCAAAUACCUAUUGAAAAAGAAAUCAUCCGUAUUGAAUAUGAUUUCUUUGAUCGAUUAUUCGAACUUGAAUUUUAUAGUGAAAAUUCAAAUGUGUAUCAAAAACAACUAUUUCAAUAUCUUACACAAAAGAAAUUUGAUAUGGAGAAAUCAAAACUAGAACUUGCUCUAUUAAAACAGCGUAUCACUCAUAAUCAUCUACCAACAUCAUUUGAUAAACUCGAAAUAUCGAUACCUACUCCAAUACAUACAAUAAUGGAUACGGAGACAGCUCAAUCUCUAAAAGGUCGAUAUGAUAAAAUUUUACAACGAACAAAAGUUGAUAUGAUGCAAGUUUAUGUUGAAGCUGUUGAAUUUCGAGCAAAUCAAUAUCGAUUACAGUUUAAUAAUGCAAUGAAUAAAUUAAAAUAA